GCGGAAGUGGUCGAUCGAGAAAAAGAACAGUGCUGUGCAGUGCAGGAAAAAAGAGCAGGAGGUGGGUGGCAUUGGCUGAUCAGAUUACACAUCAACGAUCACUGAGAAUCAAGGGGAGCAAUUGAAAUACAUAAAGUAUACAAUACUUAUCGUAAUUAUCCUCGGGGACGCAAGACCGAGUUGUUUAUUUCGGGAAUACAGGGUGGGAAAGGAAAGGAAGAAUAAAAUCUGCGCGAGGGAAAUAAUUGCUAAUCGCCUGCAGCUCUAAGCAUCCCCGGAUAGAGUGGCACACGGACCGUGGUCAGGACUGCUGGGGAAGAAAUACGCCGAUUCUCUCGUGGAGCUUCCUCCAUUCGCUGCCAUCAGGAUGAGCGGUGACGAGAUGAACCCGGCUGCAGUGGCUGUGCCCGUCGAAGAUGUGCAAGGAGAUCAACGCUGGAUGUCCCAGCACAUGCGCUUCGUGCAGGAGUGCAAGGACGCCGAGCCUGAAGUGCUGUUUGUGGGGGACUCCAUGGUGCAGCUGAUGCAGCAGUACGAGGUGUGGCGGGAGCUCUUCUCUCCCCUCCACGCCCUCAACUUCGGCAUCGGGGGAGACACCACCUGCAACGUGCUGUGGAGGCUGCAGAACGGGGAGCUGGAGAACAUCUGUCCCAAGGUGGUGGUGGUCUGGGUGGGAACCAAUAAUCACGAGCAUACAGCAGAGCAGGUAGCAGGGGGAAUACUGGCUGUCGCACAGCUGCUCACCUCUCGCCUCCCACGGGUCAAGGUCGUCGUCCUGGGCCUCUUGCCUCGUGGGGAGCGGCCAAACCCGCUGCGGGAGAAGAACGCGACCGUGAAUGGUCUCCUGCGGUCCUGGCUGCCCCGGCUCGGAGGCGUACAGUUUUUGGACGUGGGCGGAGGGUUCGUGCACUCGGACGGAACCAUCUCCCCCAGGGACAUGUUUGACUUCCUGCACCUGACAGCCAGCGGGUACCGCGCUGUGGCCAAGCCCCUCAGCGACCUGCUGCUGCAGCUGCUGGAGGAGACACCCGAGGAGAGACGUGCCUCGCUAGUCUGAGAGGGAAAGAGGGGGAGACAGAGGGAGAAGGGGGGUGAGAGGAUGGAGAGGG